CAACUACCACUUCCUACAUUUAGCACAAGCUUAGGUUUUCUUGUUUGUUAAAGAAACUUUUUCAUCAUCGUUAAUCAUGGCUGACCGAAAGAAUCUGCUGUUGCUCUUCGAUCGUCCUAACGAGCCCAUUUUCAUGGAGAAGGGACAAGCUGCAGUGUUCGAUGUGCCCGACAAAUUCCUCACGGAUCGCUAUCGCCCCAUCAGCAAUGAGGUUCAAAGUCGUUUCGGUGAAAAGGCAGAGCAACGCAUUCCCGUUCGAGAUAUAUCCAUUCCGGAUCUGCGUUUACCCAUGUCACUACCGCGAGAUGCGCAAUUUUCUCUUUUCAUUCCGGCUCAUCGUCGUAUUGCUGGUCGUCUGAUUGACAUUUUCAUGGGUGUGCGCUCCAUUGAGGAUCUUCAGAGUGUGGCUGUGUAUGCUCGCGAUCGUUUGAAUCCGUAUUUGUUCAAUUAUGCACUGUCGGUGGCGCUGCUACAUCGUGCGGACACUAAAGGAAUGGAUCUUCCAUCUUUUGCACAGAACUUCCCCGACAAGUUUGUGGACUCCCGUGUUUUCCGUCAAGUUCGAGAGGAAGCUACCGUUGUUCCUGAGGGAUCACGUAUGCCCAUUACAAUUCCACGCGAUUACACUGCUUCUGAUCUAGAGCCUGAGCAUCGGCUUUGGUAUUUCCGUGAAGAUCUUGGCAUCAAUCUCCAUCAUUGGCAUUGGCAUUUGGUGUAUCCCUUUGAAGCCGGCGAUCGUGCCAUUGUGAACAAGGAUCGUCGUGGUGAACUCUUCUAUUACAUGCAUCAACAAGUGGUAGCUCGUUAUAACUUGGAACGUUUCAGCAAUAAUCUGGCUCGUGUUGUGCGCUUCAACAAUUUGCGCGAACCUAUCCAGGAGGGGUACUUCCCCAAAAUGGACUCGUUGGUGGCGAGUCGCGCUUGGCCACCACGUUUUGAGGAUACAAAACUGUCAGACCUUAACCGAGAGUUGGACCAAAUUAAUCUGGAUGUGAGUGACAUGGAGCGCUGGAGCGAUCGUAUAUUUGAAGCCAUAUCGCAAGGCUUUGCCACUGAUGAAAGUGGCAAUCAGAUACCACUGGACGAAGUUCGUGGUAUUGAUAUUUUGGGCAACAUAAUGGAAUCGUCUAUUAUUUCCCCAAACCGGAGCUUGUAUGGUGACUUUCAUAACAUGGGCCACGUGUUCAUUUCAUACUCUCACGAUCCCGAUCAUCGUCAUUUGGAGUCCUUCGGCGUAAUGGGUGAUUCUGCUACUGCCAUGCGGGACCCCGUUUUCUACAGAUGGCACGCAUACAUCGAUGAUAUCUUCCAGGAACACAAAACUCGUCUCACGCCAUACACUCUACCAGAGCUCAGUUACCAGGGUGUCUCUGUCACUGGUGUGCAAGUGGCUCCCGAAGGAGGUCAGCCAAAUGUUCUUCAAACUUUCUGGCAACAAUCAGAUGUUGACCUCUCACGGGGAAUGGACUUUGUGCCACGUGGAAAUGUGUUUGCUCGUUUCACUCAUCUCCAACAUACUCCAUUCACCUACACAAUCAACGUCAACAACGACGGUGGUGCGCAACGUUUCGGUACAGUACGAAUCUUCCUGGGACCAAAGACAGAUGAGCGCGGCCAAGGAAUGCUCUUCAAAGACCAACGUCUGCUGAUGAUAGAACUAGACAAAUUCAUUGUGUCACUAAACCCUGGCCAAAAUACCAUUCGACGUCGAUCCACUGAGUCCAGUGUUACCAUUCCCUUCGAACGCACAUUCCGCGAUUUAGACACCAAUCGACCGGCCGCCGGUAGCGCCGAUGAGUUAGAAUUCAACUUUUGUGGUUGUGGAUGGCCUAAUCAUAUGCUCAUCCCGAAAGGUUUACCCGAAGGUCUUCGCUGCGAGUUGUUUGUUAUGGUAUCCGACUAUGAUCAGGAUAGGGUCGAGCAACAAUUGGUGGGUACGUGCAGUGAUGCUGCAUCCUACUGCGGCGUGCGUGAUCGCCUCUAUCCAGACCGUCGUGCUAUGGGCUAUCCAUUCGACCGUCUGGCUCGCUCAGGUGCUGACCGCCUUGUCAACUUCUUGACUCCGAAUAUGAGCAUAGUGGAUGUGGUAGUGCGUCACGAUAACCGCGUUGUGACGUAAUCAACGAACACUUGGAAGGAAUUGAUCAACUUUACCCGCUAGACUUACGAUUACACAGCAAUGGACAUCUUUUAAACUCAAACACAUUGACAUGAUAUGAAUUCGAUUUACGAAAUGUUACCCACGGCUCCGUCUGCGAAAUGUUAUUUGUUUUAACAUAACUCAACCGGAGCCAUUGAUAUUUGUUCUAAUAAAAAUUUUCCUUAUAUCACUGAAUAAAAUUUAUUCAAU